AUGGAUCGUAGUUGGAUGAAAGCUGAUAGAUUAGAUCCGGUAUAUGAGAAAGGAGUUCUUGAAUUUGUUGAAUACGCUGAUCAAAAUGUUCACGACAAUAAUGGUAUCUUUUAUUUUCCUUGUGCCAAUUGUGGGAAUAUAAAUGAAGGUAAAAAGGAUGAGAUAUUCCAUCACUUAUGUUGUGAUGGUAUAUGUCAAAAUUAUACAAUAUGGACAUGGCAUGAUGAAGUGGAAAAAAGCGAAACAUGGCGUCACAAAGGUGAUGAAGAUGGGUAUAUGGAUGACCCACUAGAAGAUAUGUUCUAUGAUAUUAGAGAAUCUUGUUUUAAGAAAUCCCAUGUUUAUGAUAUUUUUUAUAGUGAUAAGGACAUCCCUUUAUAUAAGGGGUGCACACAUUUUACACGAUUGUCUGUGGUGUUAAAAUUGUUUAAUCUAAAAGCGAAAAAUGAGUGUUCGGAUAAAAGCUUCACGUAA